CUCUAUGUUCUUGGAGUCUACUUGGCGCAAACCUGCCUUACACACCUGUCUAACAGUCUCCACACUGCGGUCUUACACCUCCUCUCGGUGAGCCAACAACACCUGGAGAGUGAGAUCAAACCGGCUGGGGUAGAGAUGGAGAGCUGGCCCCUGUGCCUUUAAGACUGCAUGUGGUCUACAUCUUGCUGCUGCCAUGGCAGGCUCUGGAGGUGCACGCUUUCAAAGUUUGACUGGGGAAUAGAGGUAACAGUGGAGACGGCAGCAGCAUCGCCCCGCCGGGAAACAGACUCAAGGCGACCAUCAUCUGAGAGGGAAGAAAGGACCGCAGCUGGCCUGGGAGUGUCCGACUCCGGCGAUAAGAACAAAAGGAGAGAUGACAGAGCGGAUUCCCGAUUUAUAAAUGAAAAACACAAGAAGGUUAAUUUAACACAGUGUUUGCUGAAAGGAGGGACUCCCGGCUGCAACCUCCCCCUCAGCCAUGCCGCUUGUAUUCCGCACGCUGUUGUUUGGCUUUGUAACGCUGCUGGUUGUGGUUUUGAUAAUAGAUGAUAUAGCAGAAGUGGAGGAAGAAACUGCAAAUACUGGACAUUCAAAGAAGAUGAACUUGCACCGGCUCAUCCCUAAACCGCACAGAAAGGCUGCCGCACACGUGGAUCCGACUGCUUUGACAAGAUUGGGCAAAGAUAUAAAUCGUCUCGGCCCAAGCUACAAUAACACUGCCAAGCUCUCGUCAAACGGCUGGACCUUCAACAAGACCCUCUCCAACCUCAUCAGGAAGAAUAUCCUGAAAUUUCUUGAUCCAGAGAGAGACAUCUCUAUUCUCAAGGGCACGCUGAAACCAGGAGAUAUCAUCCAUUAUGUUUUUGAUCGCCACAGCACCACAAACAUCUCAGAAAAUCUCUACCGUCUUUUGCCAACUGUAUCCCCCAUGAAGAACCAACAUCACAGGCGCUGUGCUAUUGUUGGAAACUCUGGGAUCCUGCUGAACAGCAGCUGUGGACCUGAGAUUGACUCUCACGACUUUGUUAUCAGGUGUAACUUGGCACCAGUGGAGGAAUACUAUCGGGACGUGGGGUGGCGGACCAACUUGGUGACCAUGAACCCUUCAGUGGUGCAGCGAGCCUUCCAGGACCUGGUCAGUGAAGAGUGGAGGGAUCGCUUCUUGCAGCGGCUUCAAAGCCUCAGCGGCAGUGUGCUAUGGAUCCCAGCCUUUAUGGCCAAGGGGGGUGAGGAGCGUGUGGAGUGGGCCCUUCGCCUCAUCCUGCUGCACACUGUGGACGUACGCACCGCCUUCCCCUCCCUGCGCCUUCUCCACGCUGUCAGAGGGUACUGGCUAACCAACAAUGUCCACAUCAAGCGUCCGACCACUGGGCUCCUCAUGUACACGAUGGCCACUCGCUUCUGUGAAGAGAUCCAUCUUUACGGCUUCUGGCCCUUCCCACUCGAUCCGCAGGGGAAACCAGUGAAAUACCACUACUACGAUACUCUGAAGUACGAGUACACUUCCAGCUCGAGUCCUCACACCAUGCCUUUGGAGUUCAGGACCCUGAGCACAUUGCACAGACAGGGGGCACUCCGGCUCCACACUGGGACCUGCGAUGUAGAGAGGAGACGACAGAAGGAGCUCCAGAGCGAAUAGCUGAAAAUGGAAACCACUUUCUUGACUGAGCAGACUCUGUAAAAACUGUUUUCUUGAUAAUGUACUUUUUAUGAAACUUGAAUUAACUUAUUUUCAGUAAUUGGAAUGAAUGUUUUCUAUUUCGAGCUCUUUUAAUGCCUUGUUUCACUGGUGUGUUUUAACUUUUUAAUGAGAUUUCUAUGGCAACCUUUAAAAUAAUGAAACGCUUUUUCUUUUUUUUUUUUGUCUAGCUCCCUUCUGCUGGUGUAACCUGUUCAUGGAGAGCCUGUCAUGUCCAUCUUUUGGCCCCUUAUAUUCCUUAAAUUUUAACCACAGUCCAUCCAGGUUUCCUGUAUGGCUAUAAUACAUAAAAAUAAUAAUAAUAAUGAUAAUAAUUAUAAUGGAUUAAAGAUUCAGAACACACAUUUGUGUUUCAUGAGACACCAUGAAUUAAUAUUCCCAGUUUAUGGUAUGAUAGGGCUCCAUUAAAGGUGUGUUGUAAUUUACCUAGCAUGUCAACAGCACGAAGAGCUGCUGAAUUAAUGGCUCUUGUGAGACACUUGUUGGGCCACAAGAUGGAAGCACUUAAUAAUCAGGGAGAAUGAUGAUGAAAGAAAAAAUGUUGGUCAACCGUUCAAACAUUUGUGUGAUGAACCCUUUUGAUUAGGAUCUUUUUUUAAAGAGAUGAUGUGAUGUUCAACUUGUGAUAACACAUUUUCCUCUGAUAGAGAACGUGCUAUGCUUUUGUAGCUUCUUAUAAAGCACCUUAACUGGUGAUCACAGUAAAACAGGUCAUUCAUAAGCAAACAUUCAAAGAGUCCAGUCAACCAGAACUGCCAUGUGAUGAAGUUAAAAUGAAGGAAAGGAAGCUCGUUGAAUUGUAUUCAGCUUCUGUGAGGGAGUGUACCAGCUGUUCACAUAAGAAUGUUUACACAGACUUAGUCGACAGUAAACUCACUUUGUAAACUUUUCUCAAAGAACACCAGCCCUGUUUCUGCACUGGAAAUGUUCGCAGUGAGGUCAGACUGUAGUUGUGUCGUGGUAGUAAGAAGAGCUUAGCUUUUUUUUUUUAAAUGAAUGUAUUGGUGACAGUAUUGCAAAUGCUGUAAGAAAUGAGCCCCAUAAUGUGCUUUAAAUUAAUUCCUAGACAUUUAGCAACAGUUUCAGUGCAGUGACACUGAAGCUGAUAACUUGUAUGCCUUUAUUCAUUUGAAAUGAUGUAUGAAUUAUACUUGUAUAGUGUGUUUGGGUUAGUAUUCAACCGAUAUUGGUUGAUACAGAUAUUUGUCGAUUUGAUUGAAGCUGCCAGUAUUUUGUGCCUAUAAUCAGUAAAUUUUACCAUUUAAAAUUGGACCGUUCACAUGCCCAGAAAUAGAUAUGUUCAGGUUCAAGUUAUUCUUGACAGAAUGGGAAAGAUGAAGAGUUACAUGAUUGUUUAAUAAUGUCACUCAAAUCUGAAACCCAGAUAUGAAAAUAAAUACCCCCAAAAAACUAAACAAAUGUGCAAAAAAGUAGAUUUUAUUGGUGACUUAUGUAAUUGUGGUCAGGGAAGAAGCUUAAUUCUAUGUUUAUUUUAAGGCCAAUACAGUUUGGAUUAUAUUUUUGUACUUCCAAGCUCCACCUCAUUAAAAAUCUUAAAGUUUAGUUGAGUUUAUAGGGGUUUUGGGAGUUGUCUUGAUGCUGGGCUUACUGGAAAUAUUCCAACAGCUCUGCCGCUAAACAAGUAGCCUCUCAUGCGCUUCCAGCCAUGUGAUUUGUCCUUAAAAGUGUUGUUUUGAUGCAGGAUGCACUUGUUGACUUGCAUGUUGACCUACCCUGCAAGUUAAGCUAAGAAUAGAUGUGAAAAGUUGUACCAGAGACAUCAGCAGUCUGAGGCAGUGAAAGGUUUAUUAGUGAACGCUCUUCUGAACUCUGCAAAAAUAGAAACAUUCUGUUACCUACGCAGUUAAGUUAAUAAACCCAAAAUCUGGAAUUUGCCACAGUUUAGAAAACAUUCUACUGACAUGUAGUUUCUGCUGUGUAACUGUGGGGAUUGUGCUGUAUAGUUUUAUCUUUGUCAUGUUCACUGUAUGUUAACAUCUGCUUUAUGUCCAAAUUCCAGCAAAUAGAUGUUAGCUUUUGCAUGUUUGUCUUGUCUUGAUACAUACAACUUGAGUAUAUUUCAAUUUUUUGUAUUUAAAUAUCCACUAUGACACAAGGACACUUAAAAUGUGCAGUUAUGACAAAGUGAAUGUACUUUUCUGUGGCAGAAAAUACACAAUAGAUCAGAAUGGAAAAAUAACACUCCAAGCCUCUCCCUUAAAACGAUUUCACACUUCAAAGGAAGCAGUUUUAUUUCAGUAGUGUUUUCAAAGAAAUGGAAACUGAGGAAACAGGCGUGGGUACACAUAACAUGCCUGUGUCAAAAAACAACUUGUUUUCAAUAAAUGUCCAAAGCAGUUUGAACAUUUAACUUUUUUUGGUUUAAAUUGGAUCAGGGAGAUUAGCUAGUCUUCAAAUAGCUACCACAAUGACUUUGAUUCAUUUUACAAGAGGAACUUUAUGCAGCAGAUGAUUCAGUUCUAAUAAAAUUCCAGAAUUAGCAUUUUUAGAUGAGAAGACUUUUUCCACAAUUUCACACACAACUAAAGAUAAAAUAAAGGACAUUGCCAAGACGGAAGAGGAUAACUGUACACGGGUGACAUAAUCACCUGAGAUACAUUUAGCAGUGCCACAAAAAUGGAUCUGCACAUGUUUUCUGCACAUACAGUGAAAAACUAAGAUGACACAAUACUGAAAUGAACAGUGGUAUAGACUGAUGGAAAACACAUGAAAAAGUCAGCAGUCUGCUAAAGGACAUAAUAUCAAAAAUAUUUGAUUCACAUAUGAUUCAAUGUAUGAUUGAAUGGAUGACCUUCCCCCACACACUCCUACAUGCCGCUUGUAUAUCUAACAGUGACAAUAAAUGUAUCCAGUCUUCUGUGACAACAAAGGAAAAUGCACAAUGUUCUUUCUCCUGGAAAGAUUGGCGAUUGCAGUUUCUUUUCUGUUUUGUUUUUUUCCUGUUAACUAGAGAUGGAGGUCAUUUGGAAACAGCUGCACCUGUAGGCCAUGGGGCACUAUCAAAUAACAGUUUGGAUUAAAACAGAAGGUCACCUACAACACUCACAUGUGCUGCAGGAACCUAACUUGGGAGUACUCGGCAUUGUAGUGAUUUUACUGUAAUUACAUUUGGGGUGCAGACAGAAACAAGGAUGGUUUGUGAACCCCUCUGCUAUUUUUUUCAUUUACUUUAAAUCAGACUUUUGGUUGAUUAUUGUGUAUUUGAUAUUUGAAUUAAAGAUAUAACAAACUA